AUGAUGGAUGCUCAUAGCACACCUAUUUCUAAACCAUUGCAACUAACUCAAAAUCGUGAAGUACAACGAACUCGUAAAAUCCUUUUAAUCAUACUUGGCCAUGAUACAAAAGAGACUCAUCGUGGUGUACAAUUGGGUCAAAGUAUUAUUUCAAUAGCUUUCUACAGUUUUGGAAUAAUCGUCGCUUAUCGAUACUCUUCAAUAGGUCUACGAGUGGAUAAAUCAUUGAACACAACUUCAACAAUUUCAAAUGAAUUUAUAUGUUCAUCAUGUCAUCAUUUAGUUGUUGAACCAAAAUUUAGUACAUGUGGUCAUCGAUACUGUUCUUAUUGUAUUGAAAAAAUGAUCGAAAGUCAAUCACCAGCAAUAUGUUCUGCAAAUAAUUGUGAUCAAAUGAUCAAAAACAAUGAAAUUUAUCCUGAUUUUGCAGCCGAAAAUGAUUUAAAUAUUUUAACAAAUAUUAUUUGUCAUAAUGAAACAAAAGGAUACGAUAAAUCAUUGAACACAAUUUCAACAAUUUCAAAUGAAUUUAUAUGUUCAUCAUGUCAUCAUUUAGUUGUUGAACCAAAAUUUAGUACAUGUGGUCAUCGAUACUGUUCUUAUUGUAUUGAAAAAAUGAUCGAAAGUCAAUCACCAGCAAUAUGUUCUGCAAAUAAUUGUGAUCAAAUGAUCAAAAACAAUGAAAUUUAUCCUGAUUUUGCAGCCGAAAAUGAUUUAAAUAUUUUAACAAAUAUUAUUUGUCAUAAUGAAACAAAAGGAUGUUCAUGGAAAGGGUGGGUGUGGGUGUGA